AUGUGUAUCACCAAGAACAGGAAGAAACCCCGCGCGAGUACCCAAAAGUCGCGGCAACCUCCACGCAGCAUUCAAAGAAAGAAGAAGCCACAAAUGUAUACAGCAGAAAAUUUACAGAAUGCCAUCAAAGAUGUGCAAACUGGAGUACGAAGCUUUGCAGCAGCCUGGAAAUUUCACAACAUCCCCAAAGGAACACUUUAUGACCGCUUAAAUGGAGCAAAAUCGCGCCAUGAAGCUAACGAAACGAACCAGAUUCUCUCUCCACCACAAGAAGAGGCACUGACUUACUAUAUUCAGUAUCGUGGGUGGAGAGGUGACCCAGUGACUUCACUCGAAGCUCGAGAAUUGGCUGCAAGAAUUGGAAAUUGUGAUCUACCAGCUGAAGGGUGGUUCUACAGAUUCCUAAGAAGAGGCCAGAAUCUUCGUAUGGGAUGGGCAAGAAAGGGAGAGGGCAAGCGUGCACAAGCCAUGAAGAGAGUGACUACAUCAGAUUAUUUCGAUCUACUUCAAGAGCAGAUUGAGAAAUAUGAUAUUCACCCAUCUGAUAUCUACAAUGCUGAUGAGAAGGGCAUCUUCAUGGGGGGUGGUGACAUCCGGUUCCGAGCAGUGGUGGAUGCAAACCAGAAGCAAGCCUUCUGCACUGGUGAUGAGAACCGAAAAAUGGUCACAGUGCUUGAAUGCAUUGGUGCUAGAGGUGACAGCAUUCGACCAUUAUUGAUUCAUGAGGGCAUUGAUGUCGAUGGGGAAUGGGUAAGGAAGAAUUGCUGCAAUGCAGAGUAA